AUGAGGAACUUCAUUACCCUUGCUGCCUUUGCGGCCGGCUCUAACGCUCUCGUUGGCCGCACUGAUAGCUGCUGUUUCAGCCUCACCUCCUCCGGCGGUGCCUCCGGUAAACUUGGCCAGCUGGGUGAUGGCCAGAACCGCAUUGGCGAUGAUAGUCUACAACCCGUACAGUACUGUAUCGACUCUAACGGCGCAAUCACUGAUGCCAAGGGCCGUGGAUGCAUCCUCACCCCCCCUACCACUCAACUCCAGUGUGACGAGGGUGUGUCUGCUACCCCCGGUUUCUCUGUCAACUCCCAGGGUAUACUCGAGUACCACAACAGCCCUGACUUCGUUGCUUGUGCCACAGGUCAGAACGGAGGUCUGAAUGUCUACACUACCCCUAACAAGAUGGACGUCACUGGCUGUGUGAAUGUGCAGAUGUCUGCCGACUCCUGCUCGGGCACUGGUGCUGGCCUUGGUGUUACUGCUCCUGCUCCCGCUUCUAGUCCUGGUCCUGGUCCUGGUCCUGGUGCUGGAGGUGGUGGCACUGGAGGUGGUGGCACUGGAGGUGGUCCUAGUCCUGGUCCUGCUCCCGCUCCUGGUCCUGGUGCUGGAGGUGGUGGCCCUGGAGGUGGUCCUAGUCCUGGCCCUGCUCCCGCUCCUGGUCCUAGUACUGGCGGUGGUGGCCCUGGAGGUGGUCCUAGUCCUGGUCCUGCUCCCGCUCCUGGUCCUGGUGCUGGAGGUGGUACUACUCACACUGCUACGACCACUAUCACUGUCACUGACUGUAGCUGCCCUACCUCUGGUACCUCCGGGGCUCCUGGGGCCCCUGGGGGUGGUCAAGCGUCGGUUCCUGGUCCUCAUCCCUCCGCCCCUGGUGGAGGUGGCGGCGGUGGGCCACAGCCUUCCGCUCCUGGUGGGGGUGGAGGUGGUGGAGCACCGCAGCCUUCUGGCCCUGGUGGCGGCGGCGGUGGUGGUGGAGCGCCGCAACCUUCCGCUCCUGGUGGAGGUGGAGGUGAUGGUGUACCGCAGCCUGCUGGCCCUGGUGGCGGCGGUGGUGGUGGAGCGCCGCAACCCUCUCCUAGCAUGCCUGCCCCAUCCGGCGGUGCUGGUAUCAAGCCUUCUGUUACACAACCUGCUCCCGGUGGCGGUGGCGGCGGCGGUACACAGCCUGGCACCUCCGCUAGUGUUCCUCCUUUCUCCGACGGCGGUGCUUCGCACCCUGGUGGUUCUGCUAGCGUGUCUGCUCCCACUGGCGGUGGUUCGCAGCCUAACGUCUCCGCUAGUGUGCCUCAUGUUACCAGCAGUGGUGGUACGCGCCCUGGUGGCUUUACUAGCGUGCCUGCCACUACUGGCAGCCCGCAACCCCCUGGAUCUCCUUCCGUUCCCGCUACCACUGGCGGUGGCCCUCGUCCCACCGGAUCUCCCACCGCAUCCAUCCCUGCUAGCCCUACCUCUCCCACCGGCUCAGCCACUGGAACAUCCGGCGGUGCUUGUGCCACUACCCUGUCGGGCAGUACCCAAUCGGGUAACUACGAGAUCCCGCACCUUAUUGUCCCUGUCGACUCGUCCUCGCCCGACACUGCGGCAGGAAGUGGGCUUAACGGUAGCGUGAGCUCGACCACCUCGACCGUGUUCAACUUCGACAUCCCGAACUCCGACGCUGGCAAGACUUGCAGCCUCAUCUUCCUCUUCCCCAAGCUUGAGGAUCUCGAGACCUCAUCUUUCAGCUUCAGUGGUGAUGGAAAUAUUAACUUCGCUCAGCUCUCUGCCAUCGCCGAGUCCACAACAUCCUUCAGCAAUGUACCCUCGGUGGCCCAGGACCUUGGUACCAUCACCGUUUCCCCCGGCAACUCAUACCUUGUCUCUACCUUCUCUUGCCCGGCUGGCCAGGCUGUCGCAUAUCAGAUGAAGAACGCUGGCAGCACUGACUUCGACUUCUUCCAGGACUGGAACCCCUCUCCCACUUUCAGUCUCGGUCUGUUCAUCACCACUUGCUAA